AUGGCGACGAUUAGUUCGAAUGACGCGAUUGAGAUCGUGAUAGGAUCUCACAGCUUCCAUCCAACCUUCACCUAUCCCAUUUAUGGCGAAAAUGAGCUUAUUUAUGGUUACGAUGACCUGAACAUCCGUAUAGAAUACGAUCCAGUAUCUCUGCUUCCGUUGGUGGAAAUGACAUACUCUGGCAAGCCUGCUGCUGAUUGCGACGACCCCUUGAAGACAUUGCUUGGAUUCAUGCCUAAAAACACGUACACUGAUCGUGAAAAGUGGGAGGCGGCGCGAAAGCACGAGUUCAGCGAACCCCCUGGGACAACUGUGUUUGAAAUCAACAGCAAGUUUCUGGUGCGGAAAGGCAAGGUGGACGAGAUGGUCGGGUUUCUGGAGCGGUUCCGGACGUUUGUCUUAUUCUUUAUCGAGGCAGGAUCAUUCAUUGAUCAGGAUGACUACCGAUGGGAUAUCUACGUGUUGAUUGAGGCCAAAUCAAAGGCGUUUGCGGGGUUUGUUACUGUGUAUCCUUACUUUUACUACUCGACUGCGGAGGAAUUCGAAAAGUCCCGGGAAAUGCUGGUCAAGAAACGAAUCUCACAGUUUGUAGUGCUCCCGCCCUACCAGCACCGGGGUGUCGGCGUCCAACUGUACACUGGACUGAUUAAAGAGUUUCAGACUGACGAUCGGGUCAAGCAAAUCACUGUGGAAGAUCCCAAUGAAGCCUUUGAUGUGCUAAGAGACCGAGCGGACUUGAGCAUUUUUGCUCAGGACCCCGACUGGGCCACGCUAUCGCUUCCGCUGGACAGUGAUCUUGUUGCCAAAAUCACCAAGAAAAGUAAACUGAUCGCUCGCCAAGUUCGACGCUGCUUGGAAAUUGCCAUGCUCGAAAAGUACGAUAACGAGCCCAUGCAGUACCGUAAGCUUGUCAAAGAGCGGUUAUUCGAACACAACUACGAGGGGCUCAAAGAUCUUGACGAAGGCACUCAAGCAAUCAUGCUUCGAGACGUCUACAGCAAGGUGGUGGAAGACUAUCGGAAGUACCUCAACGACACAGUCGAACCGGCCCCCAAACGCCAAAAAGCUGCAUAA